AUGGUAAAAGAAACAGCGGCCAAUUCCCAGUCUAAGGUAGUUGCGAUGAGUUUUCAAAAGAACCGAAGCAAAAAUGUCCUUCUUAGAAUUAGUAUUAGUGCAUUGGUUAAAAAUAAAUAUUCAGAGUUUGUGGAGGUUCGAUGUUUAUUGGAUGUAGGAAGUCAGUCUUGUUUGUGUAAGAAAGCUUGCGCAGAACGACUUCAUUUAAGAUUGGAAAGAAUAAAUACUGUUGUAUCAUGUGUGAAUGACGCUGCUAUGGUGGUUAAUAAUUGUGUCAUAACAACCGUUGCAAAUAAGGAUAGGAGCUUUGAGCCAGAAUUGUCGAUGUUAGUGGUCAGCAAAAUUACUGAUGUUACCCCCAACAAGGUAAUUAAUGUAAGUAUGGAGGUAUUAGGGCUUCCAUCCCUGGCUGAUCCUAGUUUUAAUAUCCCAGGAAAGAUAGAAUUACUUUUAGGAGCUGAAGUAUUUUAUGAAUUGUUGAGACCUGGACAAUUUCGUGAUUUGAAUUCAUCAUUGUUGUUGCAGAAUAUAGUUUUUGGUUAUGUUGCCAGUGAUAGUGUAGAUGAGGUGAAAAAGAACAAAGUUCAUUGUGGAUUGAUUUUAGAUGUUGAUUUGAAUCGUACUAUGAGAAAAUUUUGGGAAAUUCAAAAUGUAGAUAAUGAGGUUACUAAGAGUCAGGAGACUUUUUUGUGCGAGGAGCGUUUUGUGAAAACCCAUAGGAGGAAUGAGGAGGGUCGGUAUGUGCUUACAAUGCCUUUGAAAGAGGACCUCCUCUUGCUUGGAACAUUCAAAGGACAUUGCGGUAAAAAGACUUAA